CCUUGGUUGGGUUUAUUGUUUAUAUAGCCUUGGGCUUUUGGCCUGACGAACCUGACCUACCAUUACCUUGACUUGCUCAUACUACAGACCAAAAAUUUUCAGAGAGUUGUGACCUGCCCCAGCAAUGGGUGCUGCAUUUGGCCGCCUGGCUCAGUCUGCCGGCUCUCUGGCUGGUCGUGGUCUAAAGAGGCCUCUGGAAGAGUUAUCUGAUGAAGAGGGGCGUGGUGAAGACACUGAUGCAGAUAGCGACUUUGAACGACUCAUGCGAACACCAAAGCGGAGGAGGAUGGCCUCCACUAUGGCUUAUGUGUACGAAACAAUGUUCAAAGGAGGUGCGGGCAGCGACGUGACUCUGCAUGCGCUCGGCCGUAAGUGGCACCUGCAUCGUCUCUAUCUGUCACAGAGUGCCUACUUUAAGAGCAUGUUCUCAAGCAAUUGGCUCGAGUCCCGCGCGGCUGAGGUGACGAUCGAGAUGGUGGACCCGAACAUCACGCUGGCUGGCCUGGAGCUGGCGCUGGGCUCGCUGUACAGUGACGAGGUGUGCCUGCCGCCGGCCGACGUGGUGAGCGUGGUGGCGGCCGCGGCGCUGCUGCAGAUGGACGGACUGCUGGCGCAGUGUGCCGAGGUAAUGUGCGCCUGUGUGGCCGCCCGGACCGUGGUGCCGUUCCUGGAGGCGGCGGCCGCCUACGGCCUGGACUCCGUGCAGCGCUGCUGCCGCCGCUGGCUGCAGCUCAACCUGAUGACGCACGUCAACGAUCUGCCGGAGGUGCUGCGCCAGCUGCCGGCGCCAGAGCUGGCGCGGUUGGUGGCCAGUCCGGAGUUGCUCGUGCACCAGACCGAGUUCUCGCUGUACGUGCUGCUCAAGACGUGGCUGUUCCUGCGCCUGCACCCCGAGUGGCGCGGAGCCGGCCGGGAGGCGGUCACCGAGGCGCACCGGUUCGUGCAGCAGCGCGCGGCCUCCGUCAGCGGCCCAACGCUGCUAGAGACGGCCCAGGGCGCGCCGCUGGCGGGGCCGUUCGGCCGGAUGCGCCUGCAGCACCUGGUGCUCCACCCGUUCGACAUGGAGGUGCUCUUCUCUGACCGUGUGGUGCCGACCGGCUGGCUGGGCGGCCUCUUCCGGUGCCACUGGCUGACGCUGCUGCGGCUCGACCAGGGUCUGGUGCAGCCCGACUGGUGCCGAGCCGUCUCCCAGCAGCAGUUCGAGGCGUGCGCGCUGCGCUGCGGCCGCACCCUGGACGACCGCCGCUGCACCUGGCGCUGGACCGGCUUCAACUUCGGGCUCGACUUGGUGAUGUCGCACAGUCGGCGCCAGAUCGCGCUGCGCCGCAACUCGCGCCAGGAGCUGCCGCUGCUCAUCAGCCAGGCCGACCGGCGCACCGUGCUGUACCGAGUGCGCGUUGUCGGUCUGGACGAGCGCCGCGCCGUGCGCUUCGAACUCGCCACCGAGCUGCGGUCGGUUCAGCUGGCGCGCGGCCAGCAGGUGCACGUGCUGACCGUGCCGCCCGAGGUAGCCUACCCGCUGCUGCUCUCUGUCAACAUCAUGACAGCGCCGAUCUCGUGGACGCCGACCUGCGCCGCCAGCGGCCGGCCGGCGUCAGGCUGAUGUCGUUGAUCAGCACUCAGCAGGCUGUGCAAACUGAGGUUACGCCAGCGACCGUCCAAUGCCGCUGUGACUCGUGUUAUGCGUGCUGUGCUGGAUGUUUUGUAGACUCAUAUGUACAAUGCUUUCAUGUGUCGGUCGUGAGGUAAUUGAUAUCAACGUGGUACCUGUAUUGUAUUAUAUUUUGU